AACUAACCGGAACCUUUUGCUCAAUCAUUGGUUGUUGUUAGCUUGACUAGUCAACCAGAGUUAGGUGGUGGUUUGUUUGUUUGUGUUUUGUCACUCGGUGGUAAAAGUGAUUUUUUUUGGGACACGCCACAAAAUCAUAAACAUGCCCAAACACGAGUUUGUAGUGGCUAUGACGUGUGAAGGAUGUUCGGGUGCCGUCAGCCGAAUCCUCAACAGGUUGGAAGAUGUCAAGUUUGAAAUCGACCUCCCGAAUCAGCUGGUGUGGAUCGAGUCAGACAAGGACGCCGACGUUCUGCUGGAGACGCUAAAGAAGUGCGGCAAACAAGUCACCUACAAGGGCACUAAAUAAAAACAGACGAAGGUUUUGCGGUGGUGCCAAAUGAAGGAACGAGCUUCAAUCAUGGACGUUGUAGGAGCAACUCUCAAGAGUUUGUCUUUGUUGCCGACAUUCUUUCUUUAAUUUAAAGAACAAUAAUUUUUUCUUGCACACCUUCAUGCAUUCCGCGCUAAAGCAGUCAGUCGUUAUAUCCAGAUUUUUUUUAAACAUUUUUUUAUCACUUCUACAAUUUAUGAUCUGAUUGCUCGGUUUGAGUUCUUAUUGAACAGCUAACACUAAAAAAAAAAAGAAAAACAAAUUUACACAUUUUUGUAGCAAGGAAAAAUGAAUUCCAUGUCCUACUUGUGAAUUGUACGAUAUGAACGCAAUAAAAUUAAAAAUGCUCUAA